AUGAGCUUAAUUUUCCGGCUCCAGUCCGCCGCAGGCGCGAAGCAUUUCGCACAUCGCACCCAGCAAUGCCCGCAUGCGGACGCCACUCUUAAAUCGCGCAGUGCGUACACGAUUGUCACGCACCUCCGAGAGCUCGGAUCUCUCGGCCAAACACCUGCAUCUCUCCCCAAGAAUACGCGAGCAUAUCCACCGGCGAAGCAAUCGAAGCAUCAGGCGCCAGCGCCGCAGCGUCUUCUCGGCGCCUUGGAAACUUGA